AUGGCCGCCUCCGAGAAUCUCAUCGACUUCGACAUCAUCGAGAAUCAAAAGGAAAACAUUCAGGCCCUCCCCGGCGGACGAUCAGCGCGCACACUUGCCAACUUGUUUUCACCUGGUCCUCUCCACAAACUCGCAACACCAACACCAUCCGACACUAAGAAUCUAAAUGAUGCUAUGAGAUACGAAUAUGAGGAGGAACUCGCCAAUAUCAGCGAGUCGGAUGAUCCAUUAGACAUCUACGAUCGCUAUGUCCGGUGGACUCUUGACGCUUACCCCUCUGCACAAGCAACACCUGCGUCCCAACUUCUCCCCCUUCUCGAGCGCGCCACAAAGACGUUUCUCAACUCAGCACAGUACAAGAACGACCCCCGGUAUCUUAAGCUUUGGCUGUCAUAUAUACGGUUUUUCUCAGACACCCCCCGGGAGACGUACGCAUUCCUGGCUCGUCACAAUAUUGGAGAAGGGCUGGCUUUAUUCUACGAGGAAUUUGCGGCAUGGCUGGAAGGCGCUGAUCGCUGGGCACAAGCAGAGGAAGUGUAUAAACUGGGGAUUGACCGAGAGGCACGACCAACCCCGAGAUUACUGCGGAAGUUCAACGAGUUCCAACAGCGCUUUGCACAAAGACCACACGACGUAGACGGACCGUCAUCUCCAGCCCUACCCAGUGUGCGGCCGGUAUUGGCGGCAAAGAUGGACCCAUUUGCUGCAGCGGCCCCCAGAGACCCUCAGGCAGCGCGACCGAACUCUGGCGUAGGGGGCUCGGGUACAACGAAGAGCGGCCGACAGAAGCUUGCCAUUUUCUCUGACACAAAUGAUGCUCCCCCGGCAGUGUCCGGAGUCGAGACGAAGGGUUGGGAAAGUAUUGGGUCCCUGGCAGAUCGCAAAAAAGAGAAUGUAAUGGAGCCGAAGCCAUGGGUUGGGGAGACGCUGAAAGCGGGCGGGAAAAAGAGCAGCACCAAAAUCCCGGUGUUUCAGGAUCAGUCUUUACCGCGUUUCGAAAAUCCACAAAUUAUCAACCCUGCUCAACAACAAGUGACCGUAAAUCAGAAGGGGAGGACAGAGCGUAUAUUUGUUGAGCUAGAAGCCAUAUACCCUAGCCCUGACGUUUCUGGAUCUGAAUUAAGUCUCGAGGAGCUGAGAGCUGCUGGACGAGGAUGGUUGUCAAAGGUCUGGCAACCUGAGAAACCUACUAACCAACAUCCCGUGGAACCACCGGAUUUAGAAGAUCAUAAUGACGACGUCGAGGCUAUAGUUCAGGGAGUUGAGGAAAAUCUUGUUAUCGCUCGAGACAACGUUGCGUUGGAUGAAAAUGGUGAGGUUAAAGACACCGCUCGAGAAGGACGAGGUCGAAGGAUGAAGAUUAAAGAAGUAAAUGAGACGCAAAUAAUCAAGGCAAAGCUGUCAUCCCCUUCCGGGCCAAAAAUGACCAAACGAAAAGCGUCUAAGGAACAAACUAUGACAUUGCAUACUCGUGCUGCUACUGACGAAAUUUAUGACCUCUUCAGCCAACCACUGAAGCCAGAAGAAGAUGCUGAAGGGGAAGAUGACAGCGAUGAUGAUGACGGAGAUAUGACAGACGGGGAUUAUACCAGCGGAGGCGAAAGUACUGGAACUGGCCGCGUUCUGACGACUAGCGAAGUAGGGGACGACGAAACGUCCGAUGUCAAGAGUGUCAGUGAAUGGUCCGAAUUCACUGCCAGGAAGCAUAUCCCAGACCUCGAUGACGAUGAAGAUACACGAGCCUCGCAAUUUACAGUGCAUGAUGAAGAUUUCGAAGCCAUCGAGGUAGAACUUCCGCUAGGUGUUGUAGAGGAGGAGGAGUUGGUAACGCCCGUAUCUCCAGACCUCCCACCUCAUUCACGAACAUCUUUUGUUCCCAUACCGCCUGAAGAUUAUGAGCCAGCAACAUGGCCUUACCGGGAUCCUUUACAAAUGUCUCAAAACCGCCUCCCGUUCAUGACUCCCAUCGCCGAGAAGACGGAAUCUUCGCUCGGGCUACCCACUGUGAAAGAGCCGAAGGAGUAUUUCAACUCUAAGACUCCAAGCAAAGAAAAUGGAUCCCGAAUGCCACCUGUCGAGUUAGGAAGCAGCCCGUUUAGAGAGUUCAUCGACGAUGCUGCACCUGCGCCCAAGAUAGCCCAACCAUUAUUAGGCAAGAAUAUGAGGAACAACAAAACAGCCCCUAUUGCCGCAAAAAUCCAAGGAAGCGGCGCGUCACUAACGUAUGAGAGUGCCCCGAAAGGGCCCCUCAUCAAGGACUCUCAGUGCAAUCCUGUUGAUGAUUACACCAGAAAUGCCAUUUUUGCAGACCUUCAGCCACCUCUUUCAAGUUAUGAAGGCUUUUUCGAACACAAGGAUGAGACAUACAGCCGCACUGCUGAAAUCAAGAAAUUUGUAAAGGCCAUAGCGAAAAUGAGCAAGAAUGCUAGCGACAAGACCACAACUAACCUGGCUCUGCCGCCUACCCUGUGGUUUCCCGGCACCGACAGAAAAUACUUGGUCAAACGGGAACUUGGCGCAGGUGCAUUCGCUCCAGUUUAUCUGCUCGAGCAUACGGUUGAGGAGGAGCAAGAUGAAAACGAUACUCCUGCUGUCAUGGGUAAAGGGGCCUUCGACGGGUAUGGCCGCAAGAAAUUCGAAGCUCUGAAGAUGGAGGAUCCUCCAUCAGCAUGGGAAUUUUACAUGAUGCGACAAGCUAAACGACGACUGGGCGUGUCCCGGGCCGCAGAAAGCAUUAUCAAUGUAUACGAAAUGCAUUUAUACAAAGACGAGUGCUACCUUAUUGAAGAAUAUCGAGACCAAGGCACCCUCCUCGAUGCUAUCAACAUCGCCCGUGCGGACUCCACCGCUGCAGGACCGGGCGUCAUGGACGAAAGUCUCGCUAUGUUCUUUACUAUCGAGCUCUUUCGUACGAUGGAAUCCCUUCACGGAAAAGGUAUCCUUCACGGAGACCUUAAAGCCGACAACUGCCUCGUGCGCCUCGACCCCUUGGACGACAGCGAUGUAUGGACAUCGAAAUACCGCAAGGACGGCACAGGCGGCUGGAAUAAGAAGGGCAUCGCGCUCAUUGACUUUGGUCGCGGCAUCGAUAUGAAGGUCUUCCGUCCCGAUGUGCAAUUCAUCGCUGAUUGGAAGACGGGGCCGCAAGAUUGCGCUGAGAUGCGCGAGUUACGGCCUUGGACAUAUCAAAUUGAUUACCACGGCCUCGCAGGCGUUAUUCAUAGUAUGCUCUUCGGGAAGUACAUCGACACAGUCGCGGACCGCGCGGCAGGUAUUGGCGCCACCGCUAAGAAAACCUGGAGAAUCCGGGAGAGCCUGAAAAGGUAUUGGCAGGUUGAGAUUUGGAGUGCGGCUUUUGACUUGUUACUUAACCCGGGGACCCAUGUUGAAAUAGAGGAGGGUCAGAAACUCCCUGUGUUGAAGGGAAUGAAGGAGAUUAGGGAGAUGAUGGAAGGGUGGUUAGAGGGAAAUUCGGAGAAAGGCAUUGGAUUACAGGCUGGUAUUAGGAAGUUGGAGACUUCCUUGAAUGGGAGGAGGAAGUAA